GCGUGCAAUUUAUGCGCAUAUUUUUACGACAUUGAGUAAUCCGUCGUAUGACCUUAUACUAUGCGUAGGUACAUUGACAAAUCGUUUUUUUUUACUACGUUUACCAUCGGAAUAUUAUAGUCAAAUUUGUUGAAAUACGCAUCCUGUAAACGUCAUUUCGACUGUAGUCGAGUGUCAGGCUCUCUUUUAAUUAUUUUCACUUAACAAGGUUGACUGUUUGGACACAUGAAAACUAGCUACUUGUGGAUAAUCCAAGUUUAAUGAGUAUGAUCCAUUUUUGUCAUUAGUGGGAUUAAUAACAUAUUGCCGGAUUCUUACAGCUGUCCUCUGAAGGUGAUUAUCCGGAAUAUUUUUGUUUUCAUUUCCACGCGUUACACAAUUUGACAAUUUUAAUUAUUUUUUUCGACUAACGAGACACAUUGAUUCUAUACAAGCUUCAGUUUACAGAGCUUAUCCAACCAAUUUACAAGCAUCCGUUGCACCCCAACAUGUAAUAAUAGAAUUUUACAUUGAUUAUGUAUAAAUUAUCACGCACAGUGUACUAAAUAUGUUACACGUAUAACCAUAAAAUUUUCGCGUAUCAGCGUCAAAAAUAUCAAAGUUAAAUGAAUAAACUACUACGGCAUCGCCCGGUUUCACUUUUACCGGAACGAUGCAGAGAUUCCUCAGAAUAAGAAGACGUGGAAAGGUGUGUAAAAGACAUACAAACGAGAAAGAAACUCUCGCUCUAUCUCUCCUCUUCACAGUUCGCGAUUGCAAUAACUGUCUCAGUUCGCUCUCACUCUUUCUUCCAUGAGCCACGAAGCUACGCUGAACUUUCCAGUUUCUAAUCGCCGAUAUUGUUACACAGUCAGCAUGGAAUGUUGACAGCGCCACGUUAUAUCAUCGUCAUCUAUAUAUCUAUAUAGGCAGAUAUUUUUUAUUUGCAGAAAUUCUGAUCAAGGUACCCUGACCCAGGCUUAUAUGGACAUUCAUGCUAGCAUCUCAGAAAACACGUUUAAUACAUUUGUAGAAAUUUAAUAUAACUGUCAUAAUUAUAACGUCGUAAAAUUUAUGUAGUGAAGGGUAAAUUCUACAAGAUGUGUUUAUUCAAAUCCUAAGAUUCGAUUUCAUUCACACCGUAUACAAAUAACAUUGAACGAUCGAAAAUUAUAAUUCGAAUAUGUUCUUUACUAAAUUUGUAAUCUAACUUUCAUCAAAAGCCGCAGGCUCUGUUCCGAAUUUUUGACAAGUGGAGCGUGAAUUUCGUAAGUCUCUGGAACUGUUAUGAAAUGUAAAAAAAAAGUUCUUUUUUGAGUUGUUGAUCUCCAAAUUGCAUGAGAAAUUUAACUAAUGUAAUCAUAAAGAUUCCAGGAAUCAGGUAUGUACAGAAAUGAGAUAAUAUACUAUAUCAAAUGUUCUUGAAGAUAUUGAAAAAAAAUGUUACUCAUUAAAUGAUAAAUAAUUGAAAAAGCAACACAAAUAUUCUUUCUAUGAAACUUUAUAUAGAAAUUCGAUAAACAGUAGCGAAUUUCGCGCAUGCUGUUCUACGCUAUGGUUUUUGAGGGGGUUGAUAAGCUCCUUGGUGGGGUACUCACCCCCUGCAAUCCUCUAUAUAAGGCAAGUCAGUUUGAAAUAUCGGCAUUACUACUUAAUACAGUGUGGAUUUACAAGCUUCUUAAAUAAAAAAUUUAUAUAAAAAUAUUUUUAAAAAACAUCCCAAGGGAAGUAUUGUCAAUAUGUAUAAUGAUACUAAAAAUGAAAAAUAAAUCGUAUCAGUUAAAAAAUCUUAUAAAACAUAAAAAAUUUACUUAAUAGAAAAUAAAAAGUGUGUAUAGAAAUAUAUUUGAUUCGCUUAAAAAAUGUUUGAAAAUAGCACAACCGACAUACCCGAUUUUUUGCACGAAGGAAAAAUGAGUGAAAUGACUUACGUGGCCGCUGCCGUAGCACUAAGCCUAAUAGGUUUUUUUGGUUUUAGUUUGAAUCUGAUAGUAAUAAUAGUAAUAAUAAAAGAUUCCGAAAAUCGCUGGACACCCAUGAACACCAUACUAUUCAAUCUCGUGGUAGGUGAUUUCCAAGUGGCUGUUUUUGGAAAUCCAUUGACUAUGAUGUCUGCCAUCAAUGGUGGUUGGUAUUGGAGUCAUGAGAUGUGCAUCUGGUAUGCCUUCCUCAUGUCAACACUUGGUUUAGCCAGCAUUGGUAAUCUUACAGCAAUGGCAGUAGAAAGAUGGAUACUAGUCACUCAACCCAUAAAAGCACUGUUGACAAGACAUGCGGUUAUCAUCGCCUGGUUUGUCUGGGUCUAUGCCGUCUCCUUAUCCUUACCGCCAGUCUUCGGUUGGGGCAGCUAUGGAUUGGAAGCCGCCAAUGUAUCCUGCAGUGUCUCCUGGGAAAUUCAUGACGUAUCCACCAAGACCGACAGCUACAUAGCCUUUCUUUUUGUAUUCGGUUUGAUAAUGCCAGUUCUCAUUAUUGGAACAUGUUACGUUGGUAUUAUCAGGACUUUACGAAAGGUCGGAAGAAGAGCUGGACGACGUGGCAGGCAAGAAGCAAAAGUCACAAAAAUGGUGGCAUUGAUGAUUAUCGCAUUUUUAUUGGCCUGGACGCCAUACGCUGGCUUGGCUUUAAGUGUGCAGUACUUCCAUGUAAAACCGUCACCGGAAGUUGCGUUACUUCCGGCUAUUCUUGCGAAAUCUUCAAUCUGCUACAAUCCAAUAAUCUACGCUGGACUUAACACCUCGUUUCUAAGAUCACUGAAGAAACUAUUUGGAAUUCGCGACGCAGGCGGCGCGACUCGCGAAAGUCAACAUACAGCGCUCACUGUUAUGAAAAGAAUAGAGAAGAAGCUCUGAGGAAGUGACACCUGUACGUUAAAUAAUUCCUGUAAUACAAAAUGAUCAAACAUA